UUAGAUGCUCCUCGCUUCGCCGAGCUCGGCACCCAAGUGUACCGGCUGAUCUGCCUCGCGUCUCUCAUGCUGGCCAGCCCGCGCUGCGGCGAGCCGACGCAGCAGGCGCACAGGAAAGCGCUCACAGAGAAGAUCUCCAUCAUCAUGGACACCGCCGCCAGCGACAUAGAGUUGAAGGCAGUGCUUCCCUCGAUAGCCGAGGAAGUGAUUCUAGUGACUGAGCAGUUUCUGGAGAAUCUAAACCAAGAUCCACUGACUGCUGACACUAAAGAGCUGAUCCGGACCCAGAUCACUUCCUUGUGGGACCCUGAGCAUAGAGUCAGGCAGAUUGUUCGUCAACGCAUACUAGAGUUCCUCCAAAUGAUUCUAAUCUGCGCGGGCGGGUCCCGCCAGAUUCCUGUAGGACUAUCAGGCUUCGCCAAGGAAUUAACCGCGGUAUCAGGCACGUUACUACGCUACGUCAUGCACAACAAAGCGGUAUUCAACUCGCAUUACUUGGAUAUCGUCACUGAAGAACUAAGUAAGAGCUAAUAAGGGAAAUGUGAGAAGGAAAUUGGUCCAUUUGCACAGUGUAGGAUAGUAAAGUUAAUAUACCUAGCGGAAUAGAGCAAAGGACUGAGCGAGCGAGAUGUCACUAGCAACAACACUGUGUGAUAAAAAGAGACGCGUGAUGCGACGUGACAGAAUAUUUUUUGCAACGUUAGCACUCAUUGGCAUGCUGCAAAUUUGAGCUCUGAAAUUUUUACAGAGUAAGUGUUUUGGGAAAUAGUGCUUCAGAAACGAAGUGACUGGUUCAGGGAUUGAUUAUUGCACAAAACAGUGAAAUAAUCCUGAAAACUGACACAGAUAUAACAUCCAGUGACAUCCUAAAAUCGGUUUAGUUUGAUAGCUCGUGGUUGUUGCUCUAUUCCGGAAGAAUAUUAACUUUAUGUCUAGGAUUGGGUAUCGACUACCCUGAUGCAAGUGGACCUAAAGGAUUUGCCACUCUAGAUGAGGUCUACAGUCAGUUCAAAGCAAAUGCAGCCUGUAUAAUGUAUGAAUUAUAUGUGUUAAAGAAUGCUGUUUGUUUUCCUAACAAUAAAAUAAAAAUAAAAUAAAAAACAACAUGGUCCGAUCAAAACAAUCUGUCAACACCCGUGACAAGGCAAUCUGUGUUCUUUGCUCUUCCAGCUGUGAUAUGCUCUUAUCGACGUGAAAAUAUGGGCAAAAUCGAUAAAAUGGCGUGAUAACCGCAUCCUAGGCCUACCGAUCGCAUCAAUACGAUAUGUAUAGAUAGAGUUCGACAAAGUUGUUCAUACAUAAUGCGGGCUGCGUUCACUUUGACCUGACCGCAGAACGCAUGCAGUGAUACAAAUCCAUAAAGCAAAAACACAGCAUUUCUUAACCUUCACCUAUAAGGUGAGAAGCUAUAGAUAAAGCUGAUUUAUCAAUGUCAACCCCUACUAAUAUCAUAGACUAAAAAACAAAGACUAAGAAGAAAAUCAAAACAAAAGAACCAAUUGACAUUAAAUACAAGACAUCCCCCUUGAAAAUAAGAAUAAUUGUAAUGUUUUAUGUCCUUAGAUAAUCCUAAUCUCAAAUUCCAGUUAAAUAUAUUCCAAUAACAUUUAUUUAGUUAGUACCUAACAUUCAAUCUUCCAUUUUUACCAUGUUAAUAAGAAGUUAAUAGCCACUAGUACCUACCUUUUAACAGUAUUUAUUUAUUCAAGUUCCAAAUGGCCUUAAUUUUACCUAAUUUAUUAUAUAAAAGACGAUGCCUACUAUUGACUAUAAUGUUUACAUUGAAAAAUUUGUUUCAAUUUAUACCCAGGAAAAAAUAUUUACUAAUUAUAAUUAUUUAGGUACCGAAUUCAGAACAGUGAACAUGUUAUGAGAUCACAAAUUGCCGACCUAUCUCUUUCGAGUAUAUUUUAUUACUUGUAUAGUAUUAAAAAUAUAUGAAUUAACCUUUUAGAAUAUUCCAUAAUAUUUUUGGUAUUGUUGGUCCCUUUGUAUUUUACUAAAUUUUCAAAUAAUAGCUUUUAAUAAUAACUGCCUGCUAGUCAAAGUAAUGGUGCUUUGUAACUAUAACAUAGCACCAAUAUUGUGGUAUAAAUACCAGUUUCAAGCGUUAGGCGUAUUCAUGAUGGCGUGUGACUGAUAUUAUGGCAAUAUAAAAUUGUGUGUAUAACCUUAUAUACCUGAACUGUGCCGUUCGAUUAGGUCAAAACCUAGGACUUCCGAUACCGGUGUUGCAGCUUAUCGGUUUUACGAGAUAUUUUGUAGUGUGCGGGGAUUGAAACUGCGACUUUUAGUGAGUAGAUGAAUAUGAAGUACAAUACAAGGCUAGGAGGCAGUAAAAGUACUUUUGUAAUACAUAUUUUAAUGUUUUAUUCGCCUUGGAAAAUAAAGUAUCGCGCAAAUACCGGUUGGAAAAUCGGAAGUCCUCUUGAGCAUGCAGGAGUGUGGCCGAUAUUAUUCGCAUAAUUCCAUUCUUUGAAGAAUGUAAUGUAGGAAAUUCUUGUUAAAAAUGCAAUAGAACUCAUUUACAUAGACUGUUAUAGAAUAUAUUGAUAGACAUUUUUAUUGUAACAAAAUCAACAUAUUUUUGUAUGUUUGUGUGAUGACGAAGAAUAAUAUAAAAUUAUACAUUUGAAAUUAAUAGGUUAACGGAAAUUAUGAACAAAAUGAAUUUUUUUAACCCUCUUGUGUGUUUUUGAAAUGAUAAAAUGAAAAAAUAAGUUUGUGUGAGUUUUUCGAACGUAUUUUGUGUGAUGAUUCCAUUUUCUUCUCUUUGAACAUCACAAAAUAAUAUUUUGCAUUUAUUGGAACAUAUCGAUUCUAUGAAAAAAUAACGUUUAUUUACUGCAUAUGAAGAUGUUUUUUCAGACUGAGAGUACAGAUUUAUUAUACAAAAAGUAAGCAAUAAAUGAAAUAAACUUCUAUUGUUAAUAUGUCAAUACAAAAUGGGAACAAUAUGUUAUAUUUAUUUGAAUUCAAAUAUUUGUUUGUUUUUUUAUGUAAUCAAGUGAUAAAGUGCACUAAUAAAAUAUAUUGCUAUGA